CGGCAUUAGCAAUGGUAGUGGUAUUUAUAUUAUUGCUGCAAAAGAUUUAGAGGGAAAAAUAAACGGACGCGCUGCCGUGCGUUCGCACCCAAAGCGAUCGACAACGGCACUGCCAUCGAUCAAUAACUCGAGGACUGUGGAUCUCGGCGGUUUAGCUCGCAGCAUCAUAUUUUUGUUUUGUUUUUUCGUGUAUUUACAUUCCACAAUGAACGCCGCGAGUGUGGUAUUCACGGUGGUCGUGGUUACUCUGUCGUUAGCCGGGUCUGGUCACGGCAUGGCGUACACCGUGUUCCAGGCAGUGGUUGAAUAUUACCGGAAGCUGGGACCGGAACCAUUGGACGUGGUGCCGGACACGGAUUACGUGAAGCGGUAUUACGACUUCGUGGUGGUGGGCGCCGGUUCCGGUGGCUCGGUGGUGGCCAACCGGUUGACCGAGGUGGCCGGUUGGACGGUGCUACUGAUUGAAGCCGGCGGCGAGGAGAACCUCAUGACGGACAUACCGCUAUUGGUCAGCUACCUGAUCCGCAGCGGAUUCGACUGGGGCUAUCAGACCGAACCGCAGAACGGCAUAUGUGGGGCGAUGGAAGAUCGCAAAUGCCGAUGGCCACGGGGAAAAGUGAUGGGUGGCACCAGCGUUAUCAACUAUAUGGUGUACACGCGUGGCAUGCCGGACGAUUACGAUAACUGGGCCAGGUUGGGCAACGACGGAUGGAGUUACGCCGACGUGCUGCCGUACUUCAAGAAAUCGGAGGACGUCAGACAGAGUCCGAUGACCGAAUCGCCGUACCACGGCCGCGGUGGGUAUCUCAAGGUAGAGGAGCCCACGUGGAAGACCCAACUGGGCCCAGCAUUCUUACGCGCUGGCCGCGAGCUAGGCUACAACGCGCCAGUUGACCACAAUGGACCACGGCCGAUGGGCUUCUCGUACGUACUGGCCACGAUGGAUCGCGGCACCCGCUGUAGCGCGUCCAAAGCAUUUUUGCGGCCGAUCCGAAACAGACCGAACCUGUCCGUCACCAAACGGUCGCUAGUCACCAAGGUGCUCGUUGACCCGCACACCAAACGCGCCACCGGCGUCAGGUUCAUUAAAAACGGUCAGACCAUUGUGGUGCACGCGCGUAAGGAAGUAAUACUGAGUGCCGGCGCGCUCAAUACACCGCAGAUACUGAUGUUGUCCGGCAUAGGGCCGGCCGACCAUUUGGCUGAGGUCGGCGUGCCCUUAGUCAAGAACCUCAAGGUGGGCUACAACCUGCAGGACCACGUGUCCAUGGCCGGGCUAGUGUUCCUGGUCAACCAAUCGGUCACCAUCAUCGAGAGCCGAUACCGAAAUCCCAAGUACCUGCUCCAGUAUGCCAUCAAUGGCGAGGGCCCGUUCACUAUACCCGGUGGCGCGGAAGCUGUGGCGUUCACAUCCACGCGGUAUGCGACCAACGAGUUCGUGACACCCGACAUGGAACUAGUGUUCGGUCCCGGGGCGCUGACCGGUGACACGGGUGGAUCGUUGCGCCGGUUGUUAGGCAUGAACGAUACUUUCUACGAUAAGGUUUACGGCAAGUUCCGGGAACACGACGCUUGGGGUCUAGUGCCGAUCCUGCUCCGGCCCAAGAGUCGUGGACGCAUUAAGCUGAGAUCGGCCAAUCCGUUACACGCGCCACUUUUCUACGCCGGUUAUCUGACGGACAAACGGGAUAGACUAACUCUUGUCGAAGGAAUAAAACAGGCUAUCGCAGUGAGCAGAACUCCGUCAUUCCAAAAAUAUGGGUCUAGGUUAUUGCCGAUACCAUUCCCUGGCUGCGAACACGAGCUAUUCAUGUCAGAUGCGUAUUGGAUGUGCGCCACCGGACUAGUGUCUACCAAUCUGCAUCACCAGUCAGGCACUUGCAAGAUGGGACCGGAAACGGACCCGGAUGCCGUAGUGGACUCAAAACUCAGGGUGCGCGGUAUUAAAGGUCUCCGAGUGGUUGACACUUCUAUCAUACCCGUCAUACCAGCCGGGCACACCAAUGCGAUGGCUUUCAUGAUCGGCGAGAAAGCAUCCGACAUGAUCAAGAAAAACUGGCUCAAAUUAUAACGGAAACGACUGUGAUGCAUGAUAACAAUAUAACUGCAACACGUCUAUAAGCACCAUUCAUAUUUAUUAUAAUAUUAUAAAACAAUUAUUACUCAGUAGCCGGACCCAGUAUACCUAAGCGCAUUAUUGGUGUGCGAUAACUCUUCGUCAUUACAAGUUGUUGAGAAUGAGAGAAAUUUACUUAAAUCUGAUUUCGAUUUGUAAUUAACGUAGAAACGACUUUAAAUCGCUAUAUUAUGUACAUAGUUGCACAACCGUGCAUUUUAUAGUUCUAAUCAAUUCAUUUUAAUUUUUAAAAUCAUUUUGACUGUCACGUAUGCAUUAUAUUAUCAGAUUUAAUGAACAUAAUAUUAUAAAUGUAUACUAAGUAUAUUACAUAGGAUUCCUUUGAAGUUUAACGGCAUAAAAAUUACGAUUAGACAGAUGGUUAAAAAAAAGUCAUUUCAAUCUGAUAUAUUUACCUAAUAUAAUCUAUGUAUUAUGAUCUCACUCUAUUGAUAUUUUUA